CAGUAUGUAGGGGAUCUAGUUUCAGGCAUUUAUUUUUGCCUGCUAGCUGCAACAUGGACUCAUGGAUAGACAUUACAUAGUAAAUGUACAUUUGUCAUACUUCAAUUGGAGGCUCCGUUUGACGAAGGUGGAGACAGGAGACAUUUGAUUGGUUAAACCACACGGUUCACGUGAAGACACAACUGCUGGGGGCACGACUCACGAGUUGUAACUCAUUAAAUAGCACUUGGCUGUCUUGAGAGAACAUUCACAUGAGCCGUCGAAAGAGGUGAUACUGUAACAACGUUUAGAAUGGAAACAACUGGGAGGUGAUUUUUCCGAAGCUAUUCAACGUGUUUAUUCUGUUCUUCAAGCUAAUUACAGAUAGACUUUAUCAGAGUGGUUUUGGAGUGAAUAUUCCAUAUCAUUCUGGUCUUUGCUAGAACAACUUUUAGCUCCGCUCCAUACAACGUCCAUUCUGAGAAUGAACUGUACACAAGUGCUUCAUGUGUUUGGAGGCCACUCCAUACCCCAGCAGUCUGCCAUGCCAGUGGACCUUGCCAUGCGACUGCGACUGUGCCUGAGCCAGAGCCUGCCCCUCUGUCACCUACAAGGUGUGUCCCCUCUGAAGGUCCUGAGACCUCACCUUCACACCAGAGACUACCGGUCUCCCAGCCUUCACACUGCGGCGCUGCACUCCUCAUCUUCAUCCUCCUCCUCCUCCUCCUCCCCAGAGCGAUCAAAGACCAAGAGCUGUGUGCGCAGGAGCAGUGCCAGCCCUAAGAAGAAGCGUGUAGUGUUUGCUGAUACUAAGGGGUUGUCUCUCACUGAAGUGCGACUGUAUAUUCCAGACAACUUCUUUUCCACGGCCCAGAGGGCUGACUCCUCUACCUCCUCCUCCCCUGUCAGACCGCAGGGCCUGUUGCCGGGUCCUGCCGGUGGGAAGCAGCAGCUCUGGAGAUUAAGUCUGGCCUUCCCCCAACCCAUGGCAGACUUCAAGACCUUCCAAGCCCGCCUGCAGGAGGUCCUGGUGCAGCUGGAGAGCUGCAGUGUGACUGAGCGAUCACUGAGUGGCACCGUGCGUGUCUGCAAUGUCAGCUUUGAGAAGGCUGUGUACGUGCGAGUAACCUUUGACUCGUGGCGAAGCUACCAGGACAUCCCCUGUUCCUACCUGCAACAGCGCUACGGGGGUGCUGAGACUGACGUGUUUGCCUUUGAUGUCCCCCUCCCCCAAAACCUGGAUCCCAGCGAGCGUCUGGAGUUCUGUGUGUUGUUCCGGCCAGGCAGCGGGACCAUACUGCGUUGGGACAACAACGGGGGACAGAACUACUGUGUGUGUGUGGAGCCCGAGGGGGCUGGCUAUAGUAAAGCCCCGGUACAGCGCCGCAUCACCACUCCCCGCUCCCUCCAACGUCCCCCCUCAUGGCCAAGGAGUGGAAGAACCAGCCUGAAGAGCCCCCCUUUACCCUGGACUCUCCCACUCCUCAGAAGCCUUCAUCAGCCAGAGUUCGGGGUGACUGGAUAACUGUCACUUUCUGGUAGAGUGAACUCUCCCUAGUUUGGUCAGGAGCGAGCCAGCUUUGCCUUUUCUGAUUCAGGUGUGGAUCUAAGUAGCUGUCUCAACUUGCCAGCUGGACAAUCUGUUGCUAAGAAAAUGUGCAAUGUUAAACCUGAUUUUAAUCUUGAUUGAGGAAGUGACUCAUUGAAUUGACUGUUUAAAAUUGACUUGACCCCAUCUGAUGGUCGACGUUAGGACUACAAUGUGUUCCUUUGUAGUGGCCCUUACGUCCACGGCUCAUCUGGGCCCCAACUAAUGUGAAAUUGAUUUGCACCUUUGUAUUUCUUACAGAAUAUUGUCCUGUGUUACUGUUUUAAAAUUUUUUUUUUAAUCAAUUUCAGUGGGUAAGUUUCCCAGCGCCAAGAUCAUAAUAUCUUAUUAUUUUAGUGUACCUAGGCUUCUGGGAAAUGUCCAGAUGUUUUUAGGUGUAUAUGGGGCACUAAUUGUACAAACCCAAUGCCCUCCCACUGAGGCUGGAUGUUCUUUAUAACUGCCAUGCAGACACCAACUUCAGCCACCUUAACUGGCCUUUGAACAAAUGUAAUGUGCUUUGUUUUUAUUAAACAUUUGAAAAUAACA